AUGAAUCAAAUACAGCAGCAGCAACAGCAACAGCAACACCCUCUGGUAGGGUCAAACGGGACUACUACUUUGCCCGUCGUCGUCGACACUCGACGGCCGUCUGGACGUCCCAAACAUAAUUCAUACACCGACUUGAUGAAGCCAGGCGAGAGCUGGGAGGAUCUCCCGGAUGCCGCUGAGCGGAGGAGAAUUCAGAACCGUCUAGCACAACGGGCAUACCGCCGAAACAUGCGCGACCGCACCAAAGAGGUCGAGCUCCUCAAAAGUCAAGUCAAAAACCUUCAAGAAGCCAUCAACAGCAACAGCUCCACCCCCAACGACAGCAACAGCGGCAGCAUCAGCACGAGCGCGAGUACCAGCGACGUGGACGACCGUCCCACGCGAGCCUCGUCGCAAGUCAGUACUAGCAGUGUCUCGCCUGGACCCCGCGAAGCUCCGAGCACAUACUUCCCAUCCCCAGACCAGGAGAUGCUAGGCGAUGGACUGAGCUGGCCGACGGACCUGGACCACGACUUCAGCAACUGCUUCGAUAAAACGAAAGACGUUACAGCGGCUGUCACGAGCAUGCCGACCUCCGCGUCACCUUCGGCGAUGGCCGCAACAGCGAGCGCCCAGAACGCGAUGCGAUGGCUGGAGUCUGAUGUCUACUAUCCUUUUCCGCCGUCGCCGCCCAACGUCGACCCCAUGCUGCGCUCCGUGCCGAGCACCAUCUCCGACACACAUCAACGGAUCGCCUCAGGGUGUUCCUUGUCCAGCCGUGAUCCCGAGGCGGACGAACCCUUGAUCCACAUCGCCAUUUCGCGCGGCACAAUUGACACUCUUCAAUUGUUGCUCAUGACCUACCCCAUCUCGGUGAAUGUCCGUGACCGGGCGGGCUACACGCCGCUCCAACGAGCUGUCAUCACUGGAAGGACAGACAUGAUGAAACUGCUCAUUGAACACGGUGCCGACGCGGGACUAUGA